AUGAUCAAGGUGGACCUGAAAAAAGCUUAUGGCUCCUCGGAAUGGCCUUUCUUGAAGACUAUGCUGUCUGAGUUGGGUUUUCCUGCAAAGUUUGUGAAUUGGGUGAUGCAAUGCCUUUACUCUGUCUCAUAUUCUAUACUUAUUAAUGGUUGUCCCACAAAACCAAUUCCUGCAAAGAAGGGUUUAAGGAAAGGUGACCUAAUCUCACCUUACUUGUUUGCUUUGGGUAUGGAGUAUCUUUCAAGGUGUCUAGCUUCCCUUGCUGAUAACCCAGAGUUCUCUUAUCAUCCUAGAUGCAAAAAACUUGAUCUUAGUCAUAUGAUGUUUGCUGAUGAUUCGAUGAUGUUCUCCAGAGCUGAUGAGAGUGUUGUGAAGGCUCUAUUUGCUGCUUUCACUAAGUUUUCUUUGGCUUCUGGCUUGGAGGCUAACUUGCACAAAAGUGAGGUUUAUUUGGCUGGAGUUCCUAACCAUAUUGCUUGCAUUACUGUUAACUCAAUUGGGGUUCCUCAGGGGUCUUUUCCUUUCAGAUACCUUGGUGUCCCACUUACAACUAGGAAGUUGUCUUUUACAGACUGUAAACCUCUUAUUGAUAGAACUGUUGCUAGAAUCAAGAGUUGGACUUCUAAAUUUCUAUCUUAUGCAGGCAGACUUCAAUUAGUUAAAUCUGUCUCAUUUUGUAUUCAGCUUUACUGGAGCCAGAUAUUUGUUAUGCCUAAAAAAGUGAUGAAAGAAAUUCAAAGAAUUUGUAGAUGUUUCAUGUGGUCUGGUACUGAUGAAGGAUCUAGGAAAGCAGCAGUCUCUUGGGAGCAGUUAUGUCUUCCUAAGAGUUGUGGAGGGUGGAAUCUUAAAGACUUAACUGUGUGGAACAAAGCUGCAGUGUUGAAGCAUUGUUGGGCCUUGUCUUUGAAACAUGAUAGGCUAUGGGCUAAUGGAGUUGAUCAGUUUGUGCAUACUGGAAAAUUUAGAAUUCAGAAAAUGUAUAAGUUUCUUCAUCCAGUUGGAGAUCAGGUCGGGUGGAAGAGAUUGAUCUGCAAUAGUCAUGCUAGUCCAAAGAGCACCUUCAUUGCUUGGUUAGUAGUGCAGAACAGACUUGCUACAAAAGACAGAUUGAUAAGCUGGCAGCUGAAUAUAGAUGGUACUUGUGGCCUGUGUCAAUUGGAAAAUGAAAGCUUGGCUCAUUUGUUCUUCUCUUGUUCUUAUUCUAAGGAUAUUUGGAGACAGGUUCUGAUUCAGUUAGGAGUGAGUAGGGGUGUGUUUCCUUGGAAGGAAGAAGUCCAGAUUGCAAUAAAGAGAAGCAGAAGUAAAAAGAAGAAGGCUUGCAAGUAUAGUAUAGCUUUCAUUGAGUCAGUAUAUUGCAUUUGGUUACAACAAAAUUCUAAGGUGUUUAGAGAUCAUGUUGAUCCAGUUAAAGCCGUUGUUAACAACAUUAUGUUUAAUGUUGAGUAUAGAUGUCAGUAA